AUGGUGAGCCUGGGUUGCGGUACCUGUGUGAUUUGGGGAUAUCAAUGGUCGGGCCUGGAGUCUCAUUUGGGGGUCUGGCUUUCCGAACCCGGAUCGCUCUCCCGGCCUCUUGUGGACAGGCCACCGGGACAGAUCAAGUGGUGGGAUUUGGCCUCGUCGCCGUUAGCCUGAUCAUCUUCACUUACUACACCACUUGGGUGAUUCUUUUGGAGAUCCAGCAAAAGGCCAAGCAGUGGUGGCGCACGCCUUUAAUCCCAGGAGGCAGAGGCAGGCGGAUCUCUCCAUUCAUCGACAGCCAGCAUGUCAUCCACAAGUACUUCCUGCCCCGUGCCUAUGCCGUCCUCAUCCCACUGGCCACAGGCCUCCUGCUGCUCCUGUUUGUGGGAUUGUUCAUCACCUAUGUGAUGCUGAAGAGCCAGAGAGUGACCAAGAAGGCUCAGUGAAGGGCCAGCGAUGAGGCUUCCAGAACCUUCUCCAUAUCUCCGCCAGGGAAGAGGCCAAAGGUCACAGCCUGCGAGACAGUCAGCCUGGCUGUGCUGCAGCCAGCCCUCUUUGGGAGGUGGGACAGCUUCUAAGUCAGCUCUGACAAACUGGAACCCUCUCCUCUCUUACUUGUCCUUCCAGAAGCCAAGAGGAAGGUUGAUUGGGAAACCUCUCCCUCAUUCCCUUUGGGCUCAGGCCUGAACAUGGCUGGUCCUGUCCACCUCACAGUCCAAGCUCCCUGUCCUCCCACAGGGUCCUGCUCUCGUCUGUGUUCCUCUUGUCAUGUGCUCCACGGUUGUGCGCAGCCUCCCCGCCUCCUGGACAAACCCUGUCCCUUCUCAUGGCAGCUCUCUGUGUCUGACACUGUCCAGACUCCAUGAGGACUUCUGGACCCAGAAAGCCCUAGGGAAAGACUGACAGACCACAGAACCCAGGGACAUCCAGGCAGCCACCCCAGAUCCCAGCUGGCCUGUUUGGGAAGAUUUACAAAUAAAUGUCAAUCAUGUUGG